GCCAUGGCCCAGGACCUGAGCCAAGAGGCCCUGCUGGAUUUUCUUUGCGGGGCCGGGGGCCGAGUGACCAACGCUGCCCUGCUGGCCCACUUUCAGGGGUUCCUGCGGGAGCCCGGGGCGCCCCCUCCCCUCACCCACCGGCGAAGGGAGCAAUUCAAGGCCUGGGUCAACCAGCUGGCCGCCGUGCGCCCUGGGCCCCAAGGCACCAAAUACAUCGUCCUGCGAAGGCGCUACCGGGGCCUGCUGGGGGAAGGGGGGGACGACGACGGGGUCAAAGGCCAGGGGCCCAGGGGCCGGGAGGCGGCCGGGGGUCGCCCCGGAGGGCCCCAGCAGCCCCCCGGGGUCCAGCCCCCGUCCCCACCCCGGGUGAGCCCCGAGAGCGGCGCGCCCCUUCCUCUGCCCCCAGCCAUCCCGCAGGAGCGCACGAGGGACUGGGUGGCCCAGCUUCCCACGGGCACGUGCCCGGGCCCUGCCCCGCCCCCGGGACCCCCGCCCCCGGGACCCCCGCCCGUUUUCAGGAGCAUCCGCCGCCAGCUGGAUUUGCAGGAUCUGGGCGACUUCGUGGAGCAGGUGAGCACCUGCAGCCAAGAGAGCGGCAACGACCGAAAGGAGGAAACCGGGCCGGGCCUCGCCCCCUCGCCCGCCCCUGGCCACCUUGGACCCCCUCUCCGGGCCACGAGGGCAAAGUCCACCCGAGGGGAGACCCCCGUCCCCUCCCGGCGUCCCGCGCCCCCGGCCGAGCCGAAGCCGGUCCCUCGGGAGGGGUCUCUGGUCCCCCUGGACGUCCGGGAGCACGAGUGGACGGUGCGGCUGGCCAGCGGCGCCUGGGCCCGGGUGCUGGCCCUCCUGAGAGAGGACCCCCGGCUGCUCCUGCGCAGGGACUUCGUGACCGGCUAUACGGCCCUGCACUGGGCCGCCAAGCACGGGGACGCCCGUGCCCUGCGGGGCCUGGUCCGCGGGGCCGGCGAGGCGGGCCUGGCCCUGGACGUGAACGCCCGCUCCGGCUGCGGCUACACCCCGCUGCACCUGGCCGCCAUGCACGGACGCCGGCUGGCCAUGCAGCUGCUCGUGCUCCAGCUGGGCUGCCGGGUGGACCUGCGCGACGUCAGUGGCCGGAGGCCUUGGCAGUACCUGGACGGCGGCAGCACGACGGGCGACCUCUGGCAGCUGCUGGGCGCCCCCCGGGGAAAGCCCAUCUUCCCCACGGUCCCCCUCCCGGCCGUCGCCCGCAGCCCCUCGCCGGCCAGGAGGGCCCGGGCCCGGAGCCGGGACGUGGCCCGGAGCCGAGACGGGUCCCGGAGUCGGUCGCGGAAGCCCUCCCUGGCCGCCUUGUUCAAAGGCCAGCAGGGCAAGCGGAGGGCCGCCCGCCGGGAGGACGAGGAGGAUGACAGCGACUGACGGGCUGGCGCCGAGCGGAGAGAGUGGGGUCCGCGGGGGGCACGUGCCUGGAGGAAGAUCUGAGAACACCAGGAAGACGUGCAGAAGCUGGAAGUCUCGGUGGGGAGCUGGGGAGUUCGACCCCAUCUAGGCCGCGGGCAAGAGGCGGGGGCUCAGCGCCCUUUCGCGGCACUAGAAUCGGCCACCGUUGGGAUCACCUUGUGAGGACUGCAGGGCGGUCACUUCCGAGUCCGCUCUGCUCAUCCAGGCCGGCCGGAGCCAGUUCCCGACCUCGGUCCCCGGGUCGUGGUCUGCCCUACAGAGAGAGCCAUCCCCAAUCUGUGGGCACCUGAGGCCCGGUCGGGCAGGCGAGGGACCAUGGGACUCAACAGAGAGAUAUUUGGGACAUGGCUUCACCUCUGUGGUUGUGGGCCUACCACCCAGCCAGAGCCCGCCUGGCCCCAGCAUUAAAGGCAGACCCCCGAGCCCUUGCCCACCGGUGCCUGGCUUCUUUUCUGGUCCCUGACUGGGUCACAGGUCAGAGAGGAAAGCCCCAGGACCCCCUAGGGGCCUCUGGACACCAAGAGGGAGAAGUCCCGAUUUUCCUUCCAGGGAGUGGAGAGAAAUUCAGCCUGGUCCCUGCUCUUGUCAAAAACAACAGAGUUGUGCUCCUGAGCUGCAAACUCUGCUGUCGUUGCACCAAACCUAGGGCCAGCUGGAAUAAUUGGAAUUAUUAUUAUUGGAAUCACUAUUGGAAUAAUGGUCAAUCUCCCGAACCACUCAGGGCUGGCCCAGAGUGAAAGCUCUGGGGCGAUAAGCGAAAGUCAUCCCUUGUGAGGGGGGAGAUGAUGCCAUUUUACAUAGGAAGGUUUCCCCGGUCGACCUAAUAAAACCUACUCUCGAA